AGGCCCAGUUGUCUAGCUGCCGGUACACAGUCUUUGCUGAGGGCGGCAUUGAGGGCGGCAUGGCGGUACCCACGUCGAUUCUCGGGCCCCCGCCGCCCCCCCAAACCGGUCCCGGUUCGAUGGUGGCCUGGUGCUCUAUGAGCAGUGGCCCGUCUCGCUAUGUGCUUGGGAUGCAGGAACUGUUCCGAGGCCACAGCAAGACGCGCGAGUUCCCGGCGCACAGUGCCAAGGUGCAUUCGGUGGCCUGGAGCUGCGACGGACGUCGUUUGGCCUCGGGGUCCUUCGACAAGACUGCCAGCGUGUUCUUGCUGGAGAAGGACCGACUGGUCAAAGAAAACAACUACCGGGGACAUGGAGAUAGUGUGGAUCAGCUUUGCUGGCAUCCAAGCAACCCUGACCUCUUUGUCACGGCGUCUGGAGAUAAAACCAUUCGCAUCUGGGAUGUGAGGACUACAAAAUGCAUUGCCACCGUGAACACCAAAGGGGAGAACAUUAAUAUCUGCUGGAGUCCCGAUGGGCAGACCAUUGCUGUGGGCAACAAGGAUGACGUUGUGACUUUUAUUGAUGCCAAGACGCACCGUUCCAAAGCAGAAGAGCAGUUCAAGUUUGAGGUCAACGAAAUCUCCUGGAAUAACGAUAAUAACAUGUUCUUCCUGACCAAUGGCAAUGGCUGUAUCAACAUUCUCAGCUACCCUGAACUAAAGCCUGUGCAGUCCAUCAAUGCCCAUCCUUCUAACUGCAUCUGUAUCAAGUUUGACCCCAUGGGGAAAUACUUCGCCACAGGAAGUGCAGACGCGUUGGUCAGCCUCUGGGAUGUCGAUGAGUUAGUGUGCGUGCGGUGCUUCUCCAGGCUGGAUUGGCCGGUGAGGACCCUGAGUUUUAGCCACGAUGGGAAGAUGCUGGCGUCGGCCUCUGAGGACCAUUUCAUUGACAUAGCUGAAGUGGAGACAGGGGACAAGCUGUGGGAGGUGCAGUGUGAGUCCCCGACUUUCACCGUGGCUUGGCAUCCCAAGAGGCCUCUGCUGGCCUUUGCCUGUGAUGACAAAGAUGGCAAAUACGACAGCAGUCGGGAAGCUGGCACUGUGAAGCUGUUUGGGCUCCCGAAUGACUCCUGAGAGCGGCGGAGACCUUCCUUUGUGCAGUCUGCUGUUCUCUGGACUUUGUGGGCACUCUGAGUGUUUAUGAAUUGUCGUAGAUUACAACGCUGUGGUUGGACUGCAUCCAUGAUCCUCUCUGUGGUUCUGAGACUAGAACUGACCUUACAGGGCUAAGCAAGUGCUGACUACUUAGCUACAUCCCCCACCGUGCCCCGCCCCUUUUCCUGGUUUUUGUUCUUGGUGUUUUGUGUUAGCUGUUUCCAUCCCUCCCCGACUGCCAGUAAGCUAAUGAGGGCUAUGCAAGUGUGGGUCCUGAUCCAUUUUAGGGUUCUCUACGGGAACAGAACUGAUAGUGUGUGUGUGUGAGAGAGACAGAGACAGAGAUUUAUCGGAGUGACUUACAGCCUGAUUUCCAAGUGGUCCCACAGCAGUCUCCUGGUAGGAAGGCCAAGACGGAAUGGCUGGAUGGCGUCUAUUCUGGUGCUAGAGUCCAGCUGAUCUUCAGCCUACACUGGAGUCCUGAAGAAGUAGGUUCUAAUACCAGCAAAGGAAUGUCUCAGCAACAGGAUAGAUGAACUUGGCAAUAAGAGUGAGAGCAAGCAGGCAAAAAGCAAAAGCUUCCUUUCUCCAUGUCCUUUUUUAGGGUGCCACCAGAAUGUGUGGCCUGGAUUUAGGGUAGGUGUUCCGACCUCAAAUGAUCAAGAGAAAUCUCUGAGAUGUGCCCUGCUGGGUGGGUUCAGUGAUUUCCAGGUGCAGUCGAGCUGAUACCCAAGGUUAGCCAUCACGUGACCAGCACACGUCCUCUGUGGGAGCCUUGUUCCGGGUUUGAGAUCGAUGGCAGAGUUUGCUGAAUACAGCUCUUAGGCAGUGCUUAUUUCGAGAGAAGGCAGGACAGGGAUGGGAUUUUUAAAAAUAAUUUAAAGAAUUGAGCAUUUAAUAAAACUGAUUUUUAUUAUAA